GCAUCACAUUUGUAUUAGUAACGCAUUAAAUAUACGUUCAAAAUGACGGGAGAUUUGUGGCGAUCAGUCUAACGUUGUUCGGCAGUGGACAGCGGUUUUGGAGGGAGCCGUACGUGUAUAUUGUGUGUCAUUUGUGUGAUAGUGUGACUUAUCCUGAUUGGAUUCGAUCAUGGAUUCGUGGGGCAUUCUGAAUGUGGACACCGCGACUAUAGCGAUAACCAGAGAUGAGUUAUCGUCGAGUUUUCGAAGGAGACAAAUGACGACCAUCGAAAAACUUCCGGACAAGGUUUUAUUGAAUAUUUUCUCAUAUCUAACACACCGUGAGAUAUGUCGUAUGGCAACUGUUUGCAGGCGAUGGAGGAUGGUUGCAUACGACACGAAAUUGUGGACGCACGUUAGUUUGAGGCCGGAAAUAUCAGGAUUGCACGUUAGUUCUCUGGAAUCACUGUUAGCGCUGAUAUCAAUAAGAUUUGGACCGUCGCUGCGUUAUAUAGAGCUUCCAAUAGAGCUGAUAACACACACAGUCCUCCACGAGCUGGCAGCUAAAUGCCCUAAUUUGACACACAUGCUUCUUGAUUUUAGUACUGCGAUGCAACUCCACGACUUCUCGGAAAUGCAGGCCUUCCCGACGAAGCUCCGCUACCUGUGCAUCUGUCUGUCCGAGGUCAUCUUCAUGGAGGGAUUCAUGCGAAAGAUUUACAAUUUCAUAAACGGCCUAGAGAUAUUGCAUCUAAUCGGCACGUACGAGAAGGUCGAAGAGGAAGAGGAAGAGAUAUACGAAGUGAUAAACGUUCACAAAUUGAAAUCGGCAACUCCCAACCUAAGAGUCAUCAAUUUGUACGGGAUAAACUUUGUCGAUGACUCGCAUAUCGACGCGUUCAGUUCGAACUGUAUACAGUUGGAAUGUUUGGCGGUGAACUUUUGCAACAAGGUUACGGGAUCCACCAUGAAGACCUUGUUCCAGCGCUCGCGAAGACUCACCUGCCUCCUCAUGAACGGAUGCAGUCUUCGAUCCGACUACGUAAUGCAAGUGGAGUGGGAGAAGUCUUCCGUCCAGGAAUUGGAUUUGACCGCCACAGACUUGUCGACCGAGUGCCUGAUAGACAUGCUCACCCGGAUACCGAACCUGCGCUUUCUGAGCGCCGGCCAAAUCAACGGGUUCAAUGACUCUGUACUUAAAGCUUGGGUGGAAGCUGGGACUGCUAGGAACCUGGUGGCGCUGGACGUGGACUCGUCGGACAACCUGUCGGACGAGGCGCUGCACCGCUUCCUGUCGCGGCACGGCUCGCAGCUGCACGGGCUGGUGCUGGGCGGGAUGCCGCACAUCACCGACCAGCUGUGGCAGAGCGUGCUGCAGCUGCUCAACAACGCUAAGAUCCUUAUAAUGGGAACUCAGGAGCGUCUCGGGAUCAACAUUCACGUUGACCAGCUGAUGGAUGGCAUUGCGAACAGCUGCCCUAACUUGGAGCGCCUGGAGCUGCGCUGGGACCCGGAGAACCUGCGCUUCAGCGACAAGAGCCAGAAGGCGAUCGAUAUACUCCGCGUCAAGUGUUUGAAACUAAAAUGUUUAGUGCUGAGCGACGGCCGGUACUACGAGAUCGUGAAGGCUAACUUCGAGCGUGCCGACCGCACUACCGUGGUCAGAACUUCCACAAAUUGCCGAGUCUCAAACUACUAUCUACUUUCAAAUUACAACGAUCUCAUAUUCAAUUAA